AUGUCAACUCUGACAGAUUUGUCAAGUCUCGAUCUGGCAUUUCUUUUCUGGCACUUAAAUAGUCAUUAUACUGCGGUUAAUGCUCAGGAAGAUAUUACUGUGCAUAAAGAAGUACUGCAGUUGUCGUUCCUGAUCUGGGAUGGUCUUCCUUUUACUAUAGCAAAGUCAAAAGGUCAAACCCACUGGGGAUCGGAGAGUAUAUUUUGCAUCCAUACAAUUCUAUCAUCAAUCCAUCCUAAAUAUUGCUUCAACCAUUGCAUCUAUUGUCAAACACAACGCAUCUACCCUUCCCACCACCGCAUCCAUUGUCAAAAAAUUUUUUCUAUCGUUCCUGCCACUUUAUCACCAAUUUUCACUUUUUCUCUGCCAAUUGCUACCAUCUCAAGAUCAUUGCCAAACAUGUUACAAUUAUUGCCUGCUAAUUGCAUGCAAAGUCUGUCAGCUGAACUUGUGACGUUUUUAACCAGUAUGCAGUCACAGUUCAAUGCACUUAACAAACGUACAACAUAUUUGGAAUCACUUGCUGCUGAAAAUGUGCAAUUGCAUGCUCAAUUAGCUAAUGUCCGGCAGGAGAAUGCUGAUCUUCAAUCUCAAUUGUUGCAAAACAAUGUGACUGGUUCUGUUUCCAGCUCUGCUUCUCUUCCUGCACCCCAGUCAACUGCAGAUCUUGGAACUGCUGCCUUCACUUGGGCCACCAAAACAAGCUUGAUUUUUGAAGUGCACCACUCUCUCCACACUCUUGGUGUUGACACUGGUCGCCUGUUAGAUAUUAACUUUCCUGCUUGUAAGGUGAUUGGCGUUCUUGUCCAUGUGCAGUAUCUUAAGGAAUUUAAAUCUCAAUUAGCUAGUGCUAAGGUCUCUCUUGUCAACAACUUUAAUCCACUUGAUCCUAAAAAUGUUGCUGAUCCCAAGUUUGCCAACUUGUCUGUCUCUGGUCUUGAAACCCAGGCUUUGGUUCUCCAAAAUGCCCACUGUCUCUAA